GGAAUGUCAAACCUUUAUCAUGGGAAAUUAGGUGUUAUACAUAGAACCACCGUAUUCGCCGCGGCAACAACCGUCUCCGCCUCGCUCGCGGUACCUUUUGUCCCUGCCGCCGCCGCGCCCAUGGCUUCACCGACAUCAGGGUUGAUGAAUCGAUCCAAUGGUGUUUCUAUGUGCAAUACAGACUAAUUCUUUCAAUCUCUUCACAUUAGAUGUUAUUCCAAGCUUGUGCUAUGUUCAGGGAUGUCAUUUAUAAUGCAUUUUUUGAACGAAGUGGAGCCCCACAUUUCAUCACUAAUAUCUUGCUUCUCUACAAUCACUUCAGAGAUCUUCAGCUUCACGGCAUUCAGACAGUUAUCACAAAUGUUCUUUGCAAUAUUCUUCUUUCAUGGUUCUGAAUAUCUCCUAGCACUUUUCUUUCAUGGGAAAAACAGUGUAACUCUUGAGUCUCUUUUAAUCAGCAAAAGUUAUGUUUUGGCCAUGGUCGGCUCCCUGGUGGAGUACUUAGUUGAAAUUUAUUUCUUCCCCGAGAUGAAGGAACACUGGCUUAUAAGCAACACAGGUCUUGCCUUGGUAGUUGUGGGUGAAAUAUUGCGGAAGCUGUCUAUUAUAACUGCUGGAAGAUCCUUCACUCAUCUAAUACGGAGAUCUCGUGAAGAAGAUCAUGUAUUGGUCACUCAUGGAGUCUAUAGUUACAUCCGACAUCCAAGUUAUUGCGGCUUCUUUAUCUGGUCAGUUGGUACUCAAAUAAUGCUGUGUAAUCCGCUAUGUACGGUGGGAUUUACAGUAGUCGUGUGGCGCUUUUUCCAGCAGAGGAUACUAUAUGAGGAGUAUUUCUUGAGGCAGAUUUUUGGUUCUCAUUAUGUGGAGUAUGCUAGACUAACGGCCUCUGGGAUCCCAUUUGUAAAGUGAUGAAUGAACUUAUCCUCUAAUUGAUGUGGAUCACUUGCCUGUGGUCCGUGUAACUUCAGUUUCGACCAUUAAUCUUAUUGCAGUGUAGGCUUGUGGUGAGAAGCAACUUCAGAAAUACUCUUGUCAUUGCAUUAGGUGGUUCCGCAAAACAGGUCUCUCUGUUGCCAGGCUUGUUUUCUUCACCUUAUGUGGUUGUGUUCUAUGGCGUUUGAAUACUUUUGAGUUGCAUUCAAGAUUAUCUGCCAAAUUAUUAUAAUUCACAUCUCGUUUGUAGAUUUCUUAAAUACAUGACAUGGGAUGAUUGAGCAAUGAUAUUGAGAAUCUUGGGGAA